CGCGCUUCUCUGGUUUUCGAAUCGCGCUCAGUUGUUUUAUGUACCGCGUUGCGCAAACGAGGCACACACAGAGAACGACCGCGGUACGACUUUAGGGACUAACGACCGCGCGUUUUCCGUUUGUUUUUCGCGGGUCAACCGAGCCGGCUUUUGUGUGUUUUUCACUGUUUCCUAUUGUGAUUCGGAAUUUUGACUGUGAUUGUUAUUUGGAUUAUGAUACCGUGCGUUUAGGAUUUUUAUUGACACAAAUUUUAAUAGGAAUAGUGACCAAAACUAUACAACUUUUUGGUGGAUAUUUAAAAACUGGAUGAUAUUGAGUGAAAAAUUGAUGGUGUUAGUGUGUAGCUUUGCAAUUGGAUUACAUAUUUUCUUGGAUAUAAUAAUUGUACUUAUGGCGUUUUCACGGUGGUCUAAAAAACCGUUUACAUGUCUUGGAAAAGGUUCAAAAUCCAUAGAGACAUUUCAAGGUGUCUUUUGAUACCAAUAAUUCACCAGUUGCCUCUUGGAUAGCUACAAAAUUGCAGCGAAAAUCAGUCCCCACGUAUUGCCCCUUGGCGGGGGGCAAGAUAAUUCGAUGUCCGCACUGGCGAUGCCCUUUAUUGACAACGAUCUUCUUUGGAGUAGUGAUCACGAUGGAAAAAUGGUCGAUUUGUCUUCUUGUCUACAGGACGCAUCUGUCGCAAUCGGCACCCAAUCACCAGCAACUAGUGCCAGUACUAGUUCCAGUGCUGCCCUGGGCGAAUUAUCUCAAUCGGACCUGACGAAUUUAGUGCCGGCAAUGGCGGACGAUAACGGUCACGAAGACGCCCACAUGGAAGACUCCGAAACCGACGACAUUUUCAAACAUUUGAGCGACACUACCGCCAUCGAAAUUGAAAAUAUUUUGAGCGAAUUCAACAACACCCCCUACAUCAAGCAAGAAGAGAACAACAAUACAAUUUCGACGGACCAGUGUAGUAAUCCGGAUUCGCCGCAGAGGUCGCCGUCGAUCGCCGAACUCGGUAGGAAAUUUACGAUCGCCGCGGCCAAUCCGAUAUUGGCGGAGAAACUGGCGACACCUAGCGAUCAAACGUUGAAUCUGAGCAACGCGCAGGAUGACAGCGGCAGACAACUGGCGAUGCUGACACCGAAACUCGAGAAAGUCGAUAAAGAACAAAACAAUUACCUACACCAGCUACUGUCAAGACAAAGAAGUGAUAUCCAACAUCCGUCCUUAUGCGACUACGCAAGAAGAAAGGCCGUUUAUCCGACAACAACAGGAUCACUGCCGCCGAGUCCAGCCGAUUCCGGCGUUUCGGAUGUGGACAGUUCGUCGUCAGGUCACACGUCAACAGACGAGUUGAAGGCGAGGCUACAGCCGUCGAUACAUUCGCCUGUAGGCGGUCUGUUCUCGAGACAUCCGGCUCUCAGUUGGAACGCUUCGAUACAUCAGCACAAUCAAAGACAAGGUCACAUUGGACAGCAGUUUUAUCCACCGUUUACAACAAAUUUGGACCCGUACCAAAAUUACCUCCUACAAGCGCAACAUCAUCAUGUGACGUCCCACCCUCACCAGUCGAUGCACCAGCAUCACCCUCACAAUCCUCACCCUUCGCCGUUUACCACCCCAUCGCCGCCGUCUCCGCCGUUGAGACACCAUUCUGGUAUUCCUACCUCAGUUAUACAAGCUGCAACUAGUUCAGUGUACGAUGAUCCUUAUUUGCUAGGAUUUCCAUCCAGAAAACUGACGAAUAAGAAAGUCAAGAAACAAAGGUUGGGUGAACCAGGUCAGGCGCCGAAAAGGAAAAGCCGAGAAGGUUCUACGACUUACCUGUGGGAAUUUUUGCUCAAACUUUUACAAGACAGAGAAUACUGUCCAAGGUAUAUCAAGUGGACGAACAGGGAGAAGGGAGUGUUCAAGCUGGUCGAUUCCAAAGCCGUGUCGAGGCUUUGGGGGAUGCACAAGAACAAACCCGAUAUGAAUUACGAGACCAUGGGACGAGCUCUUAGGUACUACUACCAAAGAGGAAUCCUAGCAAAAGUAGAUGGUCAAAGGCUCGUCUACCAAUUCGUCGAAGUACCAAAAGACAUCGUAGAGAUCGAUUGCACUGGAGCGGCGUGAAACAACUGCCAUCAACUAACUGUACAAAAAAAAUCGUUUCGCGGCGAUUUGAACCAACACUCACCCCGAAUUCUGCCCAUCAAAGUACAACAAUAAAAUGAAAAAAAGACUAUUUUACCAUAGAGAUGUUUUUAUUUAUGUUCACCAAUUAAUGUGGUGUGGCUGGGGGAAAGCAUUGUAUACAACGAAAUCGAGUUUUAUAGGGGAGACAUAUGUGACUGGACUGGUGAAUGUAAUUUUUAUAGAUUAUGUUUUUUUUUAUGUGCUAAAAAGGCACUCACAUAUAGUUUCUCAAUGACUGCAAGGAAGAAUUUAAGAGAAAACUUUUUGUACUGUGUAGAUCUCUGUAUUUUUAUAAUAAUAACACUGUUGAUGUUUGAGUAGAAGGAAAUCAGAUUUUUUUAAUUUAAAAAGGUUGUGGUAUUUUAUAAGAGAAUAAGGAAAGAGUUUGCAUUUUUUUAUUUGGAUUCAUUAAACCUAAUUUUCCUUACAUUACAUUUUUAGAGUGCAAUAAUGUUCUAGUAAAUAAAUAAAUAUAGCGUGUAAACGCCUCAGAUUAUAAUAGUAAUGCAUUUUUUUCUAGUUAAUAUUAAACAAUAGAAGGAUUAUGUUAAAAAAUACUCAAGUGUACAAAAAAGUCAAAUUAGUUAAAAGGGGCAAGACCAGAUUUAACGGGUGCUGUUUAGAAAAUUUUACAUUGAAAAAAAAAUGGACUGUGAAUGGUGCCUAUGGAAAGCAAAACGUAGAACUGUCUAGGGUAAUUGUUUCGUUGUUUAAUGCUCUCUUUAAGUUUUCAGAUUUUUUUCUCGUUCUUUUGAUCUCCGUAAAUGAAAAUUUGUAAAUAUAUGAAAAUAUGAAUCCGUACUUAUUGCUAAGAGGGGAUUGUUAAUUUGAAAUUUUUAUUUUCCCAGUGAAAAUUUUUUGAGUUUUGAUCCAGAUUAUAAUGGUGUAUUUUUAAAAAGGGUUAAAUUUUGCUAAUAGUUCAGUGGUUUGAGCAAAUGUAAGAAAUUCCAAAUUUGUUUUGGUUCUUAUUUAUUCAUUUAUUUAUUUUCUGCCUUAAUUUUAAAUGUUUCAAAAUCAUAUUUAUUUAUUAGUUUAAUUCAUAUAAAACAUUGUUCUGUUCCUUAAAAAUUGGCAAACAAUGUAAAAUUUAACCAAAAUUGUAAAGGUCCCACCAUUAUAAACACAAAAUUAACUUAUUAAGAAUUUUUUUUCUUUGUAUAUUUCUUGUAUAGUAUUUAUUUUUAAAUCAUCUUUCGAAUAAUAAUUUUUCCUGGUUGAAAUUAUUCUGUGAUUUUGUAAAUUUUUAACCCUUAAUGUUAGAUAAUAUACAAAAAAAAAUUGUUUUCGUUUUUAAAUUGAAAUGAACCACCUCAAAAGAAACCCAAUCGAUGUACCUAAAUACCGAGUGUCUUUUUUAGAUGAAUUUUACUUAUUGAUGAGACCAUUUUUUACUUAUUGAAAAAUGAAAUGUAAAACGACAAAAGUUCAAAUUAAAAAUCAGGUUACAUUUUAUAAAAUAAUUAUAACUUACCUAUCAGAACAUUUUUUAUACAUAAUCUAGAUGAAAUUUUAAGAUUAACGAUUAAUAAUUGUUAAAUGUAGUAGAUGUAAUGUUACUUAAAUGGAAUAUACUAUUUAUUAUUUUUUUUAUUAAGCAAUGUUUUUAUUGAAAAUCGUUUCUUAAUAAAAAAUAAUGUUAUAAAAUAAUAAAUAUAUAAGUUUGUCCAAGAACAACCUGCCCAGUUAAGCUAAAAUAGUAUUGUUGUUAAAAGUAUAAGAUUUAAAACCCAUGUUGAUUAUAACCAAAAGUCUCUAUUUUAAAGAAAUAGUCACUUGCAGUGCAUACAGUUAAUUAUUUAUUGUAAAAACUGAAAAUUUAUUCUAAACUAAACGCACUUUGGAGCACUACUGAAAUAAAUUUUUGGUUUUUACUUUAUCACAGCAAAAUAUAGAAAAAACAAAAUGAAAAAUUUGUAAAAUAAACUAAUUGGUGAUAAAUGUUAAAUAAUAAUUAAUUAAUGAUUGUUUUGUAAAUAUAGAUAGAUCUUUAUCCGUAUUGCAAAAAUAUUUUCAGUAUGUUUUUUUUAAGUUGGACAAAUUGAUUAAUAAAAUAAUUGUG